AUGCCCUGGCGCCCCCUCCACCCCACCGACCUCCCCGCCCUAACCCCCAUCGCCAACCAAAUCCACCAAUCCCUCCCGGAGCGCCCGGAGAUCUUCGCCGAGCGCAUCCGCCUCUUCCCGGAAGGCUGCUGGGCCCUUGAAGCCGGGGACGACGGCCAACUGGUCGGCUACGCGAUCUCGCACCCGAUCCGCGCGGGCCAGCCGCCGGCGCUGGACACGCUGCUGGGGCGCAUCGCGCCGGACGCGGACCAGUAUUACAUCCACGAUGUGGCGGUCCUCCCCGGGGUGCGCGGACGGGGGCUUGCGGCGGAGGGGGUGCGGCGGCUGCUGGAGGUAGCGGGGCGGUACAGGUAUCAGACUACGGGGUUGGUGUCGGUUUAUGGCACGGAGGGGUUUUGGGGACGGUUUGGGUUCCGGGUUGUGGAGGUGGGGGAGGAGUUGAGGGGGAAGGUGGCGGGGUAUGGCGGGGAGGCGGUUUUUCUUGUUAGGAGGAAUGGGAGAGUAGAGGGGUUUGUUUGA